GGUGGUAGGUGAAAUUGAAAUGAGCUCCGCACAAGCCUUUCGAGUAUUCACGUGGCUUGUUUUGUUGGUGUCUUGCGGUCUGGACAGGCGGUGCCGAGCUGCCCCACAAAUCCAAGAUGAGGCGCUGCAGCAACUCAAGCAGCUGAAUUUAGCCCAGGCGAAGCUCAUAUCGGAUAACUCUUCUGCCAAGUGCAGCUUGACCCCGAAUCUCUGCGACUGGCAACUGCAUCUAUACGAGGGUCACGGAUUCAGUGUGCCACUUAACCAGGCAGUUGAAAGUGCCACCACCCAAAAACCAUCGACGACCGGCCAAGAAAUCUUUGAAUUGAGCCAUCAAAACACUGGCACGCAGCUCUUUAUUCUAGCCGAGAUUGAGCCAAAGUUCAGACGAAAGUUGAGAAGAAAGAGUAAAUUUCGGCGACGAGCCACUGUUAAUCACUUGAGUAAACCGAAAUUUGUCUUGCUGGUCGUUCAAUAA